CGCUAGGCAAAAACAGGGAGAUUUCUUACCCACAAGCUUUCCAUAUAACUCGGUUUUCUCGCACAAGGAGAUAUGCCAUUGAUCGACUUGGGACCUGGAUCAGAAUGGUCUCUAUUGCCUCGAUUUCCUCAUUGGUGCUGGACUUCCCGCCGUGCUGUGUUGAGUUUUGGCCAGGAUCGAAGGACUGGGCGGUUGUUGGAACGUAUCUAUUGGAGAAGAGCGAAGACGAAAACUGCAAAGGAGAGGAAAUAGCAGAGCAUAGUAAGAAGACACAAGAGAGGAAUGGAAGUCUGGUGCUGUUGAGUGUGGAGGCAGAAUCGGUUACGGUGCUUCAAACUCUUCCUACGCCAUUCGCAAUCCUGGAUAUUCACUUCGACCCAUUCAACAGCUCCAUCCUCGUCGCCGCGACAUCAACCGGCUCUGUCGCUCUUUACACUCUAAAUCCACAAUCCCUAGACCAAGGGUACAUCACACACUCUCGUACAAUUCAAUUCUUCCCUCUAUCAUCCCUGAUCACCUCUUUUGUCUUCCACCCGAGCGCUCCAUCUGUUCUUGCAUGCACAUUGAGCACAAACGCCACCUAUCUCUUGCAUAUCCCUAGACCGGACACACCGGUAUGCAGCGAAACUGUACAGGUCCUUACCCACGAUCUCGAAGCAUGGAUCACGGCAUUCGCACCUGACGGAAGCGGACUGUUUUCUGGCGCAGAUGACGCAGCGCUGCGAUAUGUCUCACUGCCCCAAUUUGACAACACGGGCGUUGAGCAAUCGAUUUCCAGUGUGCUGCAGCAAGGUGCGGAUACGAGAGUGGAUUGGGCGGAGAGAAAGAUCCAUGGCGCGGGUGUGACGGCUGUGCUGCCGCUGACUAGCAGUGGGAAAGUGUGUAUAACAGGCAGCUAUGAUGAUUACCUACGCGUCGUGUAUGUGCCGAAGGUAGGACGGCGAAGGGUAUUGGCAGAGGAGAAUUUGGGUGGGGGUGUCUGGCGGGUGAAAACUUUGGGCAAGUGGAGGAGUGAGAAGGGCUUUGAAAUGGAUCUCCUCGUAUGUUGUAUGUAUGCUGGUGUAAGACUGAUUAGGUUGCGGAGGAUCGGAGGUGAAGGAUUUGAUGCGGAGGGUGAUCAGGACGGGAAAUGGGAGCUUGAAGUGAUUGGGAGAUUCGAAGAGCACAAAAGUAUGAACUAUGGGUGCGAUGUUGUGCGAGGAAAGGGCCUAGUUGUGUCGACGAGCUUCUAUGAUCGAUUGGUAUGCUUGUGGCGAUUACCGAAGGACACUAUAUCGAACCAUAUCUUCGAGUAGUAGUGUAUAUGUGUAGAGACAUCGAAUAAAAGGCAGUCAACGGAG